UAUCUAUUUUGCAAAUAUAUAUAUUUAAAAACAGUGUUGUCAUUUUAAAUCUUUAUAAAUAUAUAUAAACCCACAUAUAUUUGUACAUUCAUUUUUUUUUUUUUAAUUUCGGUGAAUGAUGUUCAAUACCUUUAGGACAUUCCAACUCUAAAGUGGUUAUUUUGUUUUAUAUUAAUUAAAAUAUAUAAAAAAACAUAAAAAAUAAUUAUAAAUUUUACUUUUUUUUAUUUUUAAUUUAAAUUUUGGUUCUUUAUUGUAUUUUAUUUGUAUUGUUUUAAUAACAAAAUGAAAUUAAAUAUUAAUUUUAAUAUAUUAUUAGUUGUAUUAUUAGUUUUAUUAAGAUGUAAUUCUAUAGAAAGUUCAUCAGCUGAUAGUGGCAGUGAUGAGGGUCAAUUCCCACAAAGUAUUAAAUUAUCAGUAACCGGUAAAUCAAACGAAAUGUUGGUUAGUUGGUUUACAAAUAAUCAAAUUGGGAAUUCAUUUGUACAAUACUCUUUAUCUGUCGCAAAUUUAGUCAAAUACGGAGCAGGAUCAAAGAAAGGUGUAGUUACUGUCAAUGGUAAAUCAGAAAAGUUUUCAACAUGGACUGGUUACUCAAAUGCAGUUGUUUUAAGUGGUUUGGAGCCAAUGACUACUUAUUAUUAUCAAUGUGGUGGCUCAACAAGUUUAAUUCUUUCUGAAAUCAGUUCAUUUACCACAUCAAAUUUUUCAACUGAUGGCAGUUAUUCAAACCAUGUCACUCCAUUCACUAUUGCAGUUUAUGGUGAUAUGGGCUAUGGUGGUGGCUAUAAUAACACUGUUAAAGUACUUCAAGAUAAUCUUCCACAAUACGCUAUGAUCAUCCAUGUUGGUGAUAUUGCCUAUGCCGAUUAUGAUAAAGUUGAACAAGGUAACCAAACCAUCUGGAAUGACUUCCUUCAAUCCAUCCAAUCGGUCACAAGUAAACUUCCAUACAUGACCACUCCAGGUAAUCAUGAUGUAUUUUAUUCAUUCACCGCCUAUCAAACUACUUUUAAUAUGCCAGGUUCAUCAUCUAUGCCAUGGUAUUCAUUCGAUUAUAAUGGUGUUCACUUUUUAUCAUUCUCCACCGAAUCAGAUUUAGCUCCAUUUACUCAACAAUAUCAAUGGAUUAAAAGUGAUUUAGAAUCUCAUAGAAAGCAAAACCCAAGUGGUUGGAUUAUUGCUUAUGCUCACAGACCAUAUUAUUGUUCAACUAAUGUCGAUUGGUGUAGAAAACAAACUCUUCGUGCUUUAAUCGAAUCAACAAUUGGUGAAUUAUUCCAAACUUAUAAUGUCGAUUUAUAUUUAGCUGGCCAUAGUCAUGCUGCCGAAUUAACACUUCCAACAUAUAAACAAACUCCAAUUGGUUCAUUUGAAAACCCAGGUGCAACAAUUCAUUUAACACUUGGUGCUGCAGGAAAUCAAGAAGGUUUGGAUUAUAAUUAUGUAGAGCCAGCUCCACUUUGGUCAUCUUUUAGAGUAUCUGAAUUAGGUUUUGGUCAAUUCCAUAUUUACAAUUCUACUCAUAUUCUUUGGCAAUUCAUCACCGAUAAAGAUACUGUCCUUGAUGAAAAAUGGAUUGUUAAAGGUUAUUUCGAUUAAAAAAUAAUUAUAUAUAUAUAUACUAUAUUAUUUGUAUAAAAUUAAUAAAGAUUUAUCAAAUGGAUAUAGAUUUUUUUAUUUAUUUUUUUAUUUUUAAAAUUUUAGUAUAAAUAAAAAUAAAGAAACAU